GCCUCCCCGCCACGCCACGCCACGCCACAUCACCACCAGCCCACUUUCCAAUCUCCCUUUUUAUUAAAUAAAUCCAAAUAAAUAUUACUUUCAUUUUUUUAAUUAAUUUUCACUGGGAGACCAAAAAGCAGCUCCACUGUAUCUCUGCAGGUCUCUUAUUGUCGACACACACACGAGUUGACACAUGCCUUUGUUCGAUAAUUCCGAGACGAAGACCGUGUCGGUUUCGGUUAAGGCCGCGUUUGGAUCGGAAGGAUUUUGGGUUUCGGACUUCUGCACCUCUCUCUCUGUUCGUCUGUAAUGCUAUUACUCUUCGUUCUGUAUCAGCAUGGCGCAAGCUUCUUCCUCGCCUCGAAGCUCUGCAUAUCUCGACGCGCUGACGCAAGAGAUCGAGAAGAAGCUCCAGCGGGCGCUGGCUUCUCCGUCGCAGCGGCGGAAUUUGUUGCAGGAGUUGUUUGCUGACAUUGCUUUGGAGAUCGAUGAGCGAGCCAAAGAAAUGAUUCUCAGCAGGGAAGAGAAUGCAAUUUCUCCUGCUGAAGAUGGCAUCGAAGGACAGCUAUGCUUUUAUGAUGUGCUCACUGAUCAUUAUGUUCGGGUGCCUGAGAGUGGAAAACGCAUCCUUGAUUUGAUUGUCCAACUAUGGAGCCAGUCAUUCGCAUCUCAUAUUUUUGCCUUGUUGUUCCACAAAUGGCUGUUUGAAGUCCAACUUGACAACUCUGAAGUACUUCUUCGUUACUCAUCUGCUCUUGUUGAAGGUGCAACAAAUGUUUUCUGGAUUGAUACACAAUCAAAUGCAAGGAGAUUCCAAUCCCUCUUUCGUUAUCUGCUUGAGGAUGUUGCUUUGGAGCCCAAACGGUUAAAUAAAAUUCCUGUACAGGUCCAGCGAGAUCUAUUUCUUUUACUCUCGAGGUUUAUAUUUUUUUAUAACUCAGUUGACAAGCUCGACAGCUUCUUAAGGGCAUUUCCUCUUUUUCCCAACGCUUUUCUGGUUGGUAGUUCAGCGGACUUCUUUGUUAUUGAACUUGCAGAUCAGCUUCAAAAACUGAAGGUGGAACCAGUAUUGCUGCAUUACCUUUCGCAUAUAAAACUUCUCCAGGGAAUGGAGCUGAGAAUGGCCACAAGUACGAGGUUAAAGGCGUGUUUGUAUAGCUUCACUUCUCCUGGAGGUCCAAUGUACCCCACAAGAGCUGUUCGUCAUGCGGCAUGGGAUGCAUUAGAUUUGCUUUUUCCCGUUGGCAGAUACCCUCGACAUCUUAUAAGCUUGUUCUUCCGAUUGCUAUAUCCAUGGUACUGGCCCGCUUGUUGGAAUUUCGUAAUGGAUUGCGUGAAGGCAGUAUUGUACUCUCUGUUGGGAUUAAUCUUUUCAAGUUUGGAGAAGCUGAGAAGGCCAAAGUUUUAGAUGAUGCGAAUUUCGAAGGAUGUAGCUUCCUGUAAAGGUAAAAACUGAACCCCUAGGAAGUAGGAACCGAAGCUCAAAGUUGUUUGUUGUGCAUUGUGUAAGUGAUUUUGUUCCCUUCUUGCCCUCUUUCGGCGGAAUUGAAAUUUGUUUCUUCUAAAUUAGAUUGCAAACAAUAGCUCGGUUUGGUUGAAUGUUUGUUCCACAUUUGGAGUACUAGUUUGCCUUUUGAUCUG